UAGCCGUUAUUCGUUAUCCUGUGUUGCGAUUUGUAGGCGGUCGGUCGCGUUUAUUGAGUUCAAAUAAGUUUUUCUAAUCUCGUAUAAAAUUUUCUGAAUAAUGAUCGCUCAAGCAGUGAUAAAUAUUGACAUCCUUUUUUGUGCCCAGUGAAAAGUAAAGUACUUUGUGAAGGUAAAAAAAUUGUGAUUGUUCUAGAUACAAGAUGUGUAAAAGCUAAAAUUUGAAGAUACUCGAAAACGAAUAAUAAAGAAAAAUGAAGCCGCUUAUCAAUAAGAAUCUCAUUACAUUGAAAUGUGUUCUCUUCUGUUUUCUCUCAGGCAUAGGAUGCAUUUACCCGUUCCUAUCCCUGCACAUGCUGGCGACGGGAUUGGACCGGGCUGAGGCACGUCUGAUCUCAGCCGUCGCGCCGUGCAUCGCUCUUCUUGGCCCAGCAAUAUUAGGGCCUCUUGUUGAUAAGUUGUCAGUGGGGCGAGGGUCGACUGGAGGCGGCCAUAGUCCGAGUGGGUCGGGCAGGCUGCUGCGUGUCGUUACCGCUAUCUGCCUCAUAGCGCGGCGGCCACAAGUGCUGUUCAUGUGCGACGCGGAGGGCGCGUACGUGAUGCAGGAGGUGUGCACGGAGGGCAUGCGCUGCAACACCUGGCCCGGACAGAAGAAAGGAGUGCUAGCGGUGGGCACGUGUGAGUACGGAUGCGCCAGCGACGACAUGAGCUGGCUGACGGAGCCCUUCCUCACCACCACCACUACAACCACGCUCAGCCCCAUGUACAACAGCGUCGCCAAUGCCACCCCAUCAUCAGAGCUGGUGACAGAGGAUGGUGACGAGGGUCCGGAGUUCGAGCGCAAUCCGCCACAUCUGUGCACGGACGCAUUUGUACCAGGUCUGGCGUACAGCACGAGCUACUGGUGGGUGGCGGCGUGCGCGCUGCUGCAGGUGUUCACGCUGAGCCUGGUGUGGGUGACCGCCGUGCUCUACUUCCGGCACCUCGUGCCCAAGAAGUACACCACCACCGGCCAGGCGCUGCCCGUCAUCGCGCACUUCUGCAUCGGUCGUUGUAUCGGUGCGAUAGUUGGCGGGCUGGUGUCGCUGUCGGCCCCGCUGGAGGCGCAGCGCGGCGUGUACCGCGCGCUGGGCGUGGCCGCGCUGGCCGCCGCCGCGCUCUACCUCGCGCUCUACCACCUGCUGCUGGCCCCGCGCUGCGCCGCGCCGCCCGCGCCGCCGCCGCACACGCUGCUGCAAGGUUUGAACGCCAACGGUGCGUCGAACGGCACGUACUCGCCGAUGCGCGUCUAUCACGAGGAGCGCUCGCGGAAGGGACACUUCCGUUACUGAGCUCACUUCACUCCGUACUUCUACUUUUGAUGUUCCACUGAACCAUGACAACUUCUAUAAGUACAUCAAUGUGAUAUAAUCUACUUUACUAAUUUCUCUGAUUUAAUCAGGUUUUGCUUUGAGCUAUUUUAAAUGCCUUUUCUGCAUUUGUUUAAUUUAUAAUAAUAAUAUUGUUUAAGUAAUAUUUUAAUUAAAUAAAAUUAUGUCUUAAUUAAUUCAAAUAAAUCGUUGUUUUAUAUUCCAAUCAUUCCGAAAACAGCAAGUCUAUGCGACACGAGAUUCAAUUACAUAGAUUUUUACUUCUUUCCUUUGUUUCACUUUUACCGAGUUCCAGUUGGGAAGAAUUAAAUAAAACUGCCAUCUAUUGUACCACUGUGUAUUUCUCUUAAAAACAAAUUAUAUGACAUAUAUAUUGUGA